UCCUGAGGCCGAUCCAUAUCUGCCCUUAUUGUUAUCUGUCGCGUUCACAUGGUUGGGUUUCUUUCUUUUGUUAGUCCGCUUUCCUUCCUUGUUUUUUAAAGAGCAGCUUAUCUGUGUGCCCCAGAAGGGUGUGACUCACAGACAUCACAGGCUUUUCACAAUGAGCCGGAGCCAACCUGCUGACCACAAGGGAACACGCGGAGAGUUUCAGCCGUGAGUGCCGUGGCUGUACCGGGAUGCACACUGGUGGGACUCGUCCGGGUCAGGGCUGUCCGCUUCCACUGCCGACAGGCAAGUCCACCCACGGCACCGCCCCGUUUUGGAAAAGUUCUGCUCUGGUGCUUGGGUGCUGUCCAUCUUUGCCACCCUGCGCUCUGAGGGACAGGGGGCAGUAGGACAGAGCACUUUCUGGACGCUUUUGGUCAUGUGUGCACACAGUGACCAGAGCUCCGGUCCCAGGAGUCAGAAGUGAGCCUUCACCUGAGCCGUGGGGUGAUGUGAGUGACCUGAGACUGCUCACUUAAUGCCUUGUCACUCCUCACCUGCCACCUCGUGCAUGUUCGCUCUGCUUGCCCACGUAUUUCAUCAGGAUGUCGCAAAGCCUGUAGAAAUCUGAAUUCACUCUGUUCAAUUCUUAGAGUGCACCUCUGUAAAACAGUACGAGAGGGAAGGCACCGAUUUGUCUGGUUUUAUUUCCCUGUCAGGAGCCUUUGCAAUGGACGACAGAGCAGAGUCUCUGAUGACUGUGCAUCUUCUUGCCCAUUUGGGCCACUCGUUCCUCCUGCAGCAAACUCUGGACCGGCUUUUGGAGUGGAUCUGCCUGGACAUUCGCCUUUUCCUGGUGUCUGAGCGAAUGGCUCCAUCGAAAUACUACGAGAGAUAUCGCAGGAGAAACUGCGGCUUUCCUGGAAUGUCUGUUCUCCUCUUUCUACACGAGGACCUGGGAGAAGAACGGAUUUUCCAGGUCCACGAGCAAUUCCAGCGCCCGCCCUGGCGGUACCAGCGUGCCCAGAUUGCUAAUGGGCAAAGCCACCCUUAUGCCCCAGCUCACCAGGACUUCUAUGCCCUGGAUGAGCGGCUGCCCGUGUGGGGCAUCAGGCGGGUGCACUGCGGCCCCGAGAUCCUGCGGGUCACCCUCUACUGCAGCUUUGAUAACUACGAGGACGCAGUGAGGCUCUACGAGAUGAUCCUGCAGAAAGAAGCAGCCGUGCAGAAAAGCAGCUUCUCUGUGUUCGUGCUGCACGCCACCCAACACGCGGCCGUGCAGCUCUGCCUGAAGCAGCUGCCCAUCGGGGUGGCUGCUGAGCCCAGGGAGGCGUCAGCCCUGCAGUUCAAGGUGCAAGAAAUCGGGCAGCUGGUGCCCCUCCUGCCCAACCCGUGUGUUCCCAUCAGCAGCACCAGGUGGCAAACACAGGACUACGAAGGAAAUACGAUUCUGCUUCAGGUUCAAAACAGCUCCAAGUACCUUGAAGCAAACAUUGGGCUUUCCCAUCAGCAUAAUAACACGGGCAGUAGAAAAAUCCUGCAGGACUUCUUCCCAGCCCCUCUCCCUGUAAAGCAGGGAAAUCCCGGGCGGAGGAGCCAGGAAGUCAGAGCCGGGAAGGGUAAAACAAAACCUGACAGAAGUGAAGCUCCUGCUCCCGAGCAAGCCGGCGGUGACCCGCACAGGCACUUCUGCUCUUCCCACAGUGUUCCAGCAGCCCGGUGGCAGUGGGACGCCCCGUCCCUCCGCAGGCAGGUGAGCAGCAGGAUGCAGGCUCCUCGUGCCAAGGAGGCACCCAGGAGGCGGCAGGCGAUGGAGACCGACGUGGACACCGGGCUCGCCGUGGUGGGUCCCGAGAGCGGCCGCUGCCCACUGAACCACUUCUCCGGGGCCCUGCGGAGCAGCCUCCUGCAGCUGGAAGCCCCCACGGAUGGGGCCAGCAGUGCCCUGCCCUCCCAGGACGGGACCCAGCUGCCGUUGGCUGCAGACAGAAGGAGUCAAGGAGCGGCGCAGAGAGCUCUGGGCUUCCCCUCGCACACGCCACCAGCCAGUCCUGCAAACGGAGCAGAGGACGAGGAGGAGGAAUUCUUUAUAUGACUGAAAGCAAACGUGCCAGAUGGACUUAUCUUUCCCAAAUGACAGGAAGGCACUUCUGGGCGUACUGUGCCUCCCUGUGCUGUGACUGCUGCUGCUGCUCAGUUGUACCCCUGUAGCUGUGACAUCUCAGUAGUGGAUGCAUCGAGAUAGACACUAACUUUCCAUGGAGAGAUGUUAAGGAGGCUGGAGGCAAAGCAGGAAAAACAACGCUGUAUUUACAUAAAGUUUUGGUUGGUUGGUUGGGUUUUUUUUUAAUGCAGAAUAGAUUAGGGGAUUAUUGUGCAAUGAAUAGGAAUGAGCCAUAUGACUCCUAGAGCUGUUCUAAGAUGCUAAAAAAUAGCCAGUGAAAUCUUCAGAUGGGGUGUGAAGGUGCAGUUUCCCUGAGCUGCCUAAGCAGCUGGAUGCCCCCAGCCAUGGGGACUCACCCUGCCUUGCCGGGUCAUGCUGGGACAAGAUAGUGGCAUGGUAACAGUGGUUAUGCUGAUUUUCCUCUGUGUUCCUUCUCAAUUCCCCUGUUGUUGGUAUUUAAAAUUUACCAAUGUUGUCAAUUUUAUGCAAGAUGUGAUACAUAGGAAUGUUUUUUUAAAAUAUUUUUCAAGGAAAACAUUUCUAGUGAGAUCUUUUCCCCAAAUUAGCGCAGCACACACAAAAAACAAACACUUGCAGAGAAGUGCCAGUAAGACCUGCUGUUGCUAUUCAUAUGACACUGAGCAAAAUGAACCCAGCAACAGGCCAGGCUUUGUUAUACCAGCGUGCAGUUAUCAGCAGGCAAUCCCAACUGGGUUUUAAUUAACAGAAGACAAGAGAAAUUAAGAAUCUUGGAGGGAAUUGCUGGGUGCUGGAGAGUAAAAAGGACAGAAGAAAUGAAGUAACGUUUCAGCAACAGAUGCUGAAAUAACUCCCAUCUUGAUCAGCAGUUUUCUCAAGGAGGAUUAAAUAAAUCCCAAAGGAAAAGAGAUGGAAAAAAUAUGACAGAGAAGUGAAAUUAUUCAAAGAAAAGCUACAUCUGAUAAUACUUACCUUCCAAAGAGUACAAUAAACAGGUAUUUUCUCCUUUUAAAUAUAUCUGAAUUCUGCUUUACACAAAAAUGUGAACUUGUUUGGAGAGUGCCUUCUCAUCACCUCUUGGCUCAGGAUUCAAGUUUGACAGGCCAUGGCUUCUUGUGGCCUGAGGAGAAGCAGGGGGUGAUGGGCACCCUUCCUCCAAGGGGGUUCCACACAAUUUUCUGGGUAUUUACAUGUGCAUGUGCCAGGUGAGGACAGCCUGGGCUGAACUGCACAGCUUCCUUACCUGCCCCUCUGCUGCUGCUGGGCUGUGCAACCCUGUGGGGCUGGAGAGCUGUGCCAUUGCAGGGUGUGUUAGCUCAGGGUUUAGGAGAAGUUGGUCUGAAGAGCUGUGGGGGAUACAGGGCAGUCCCUACUCCAGACCUCCAUGCCCUCCCAGCUGGUGCUGCCUUGGUGAUGCACAAGUACCCUUUGAUUCAGGGACCAAAACCUGCAGAACAGGACACUUAGUUCACUGGGCAUUUACAAACACCCCCUCCAUGUUUUCAUGAGCUCUGUAAGAAUUUUGGACUUUUUAAUAAAUCACACUGUGGUGUUUUA